CGUACACCCGCGACGAACGCACUGCAUCUUUCAGCAUAACAUAACACGUUAUAUUGCGCAUCAUUCGAACAACCCCCCCAGGCGACCAGCAAUGGCAAGACCUAACUUCGAUGUUACGGACGCCCUUCCGCGCGCUUCCAUUCUCACGUACCUCCGCCGUCCACGCCCUCGCCCAAUCCGCACGGCAGCGCGGCCAUCCAGCAAGCGCUCGUCUCGCACGCCGCUCCUGCCGCGCAUUCCCGAAGCCGGAGCUGAGAACUCAGACGAAGAGGCACAGCUCGGGUUGCGGACCGAUUGUGACAAGCCUCCUGUGGAGCGCGACAUCGAAUAUGAAGACGAAGAAGAUCAGAGUUGCGAAUGGGGCUUCUAUGAAACGCUGGGCCUGGUCUGUUGUGCGCUUUGGAUGCUCGUAUUGGUUCUCAAGGCGGACGUUCUUCUAUCGAGAUCGGGAACUUGGGAGGACUGGAGCGUGUAUGGCGUUGGCACAGGUGCAUCGACUGGGCGCGAGAUUCACUUCUGUCUCGUAACCCCGAACCGCGAAGCCCCUAGUUCACGAAUAUGGCGCUUCAUGCAGCCGAAUGCCUUUGGUGACUGCGCCACCCAGAUCGCUACGCUGAGCGUCGGGCCUACGGAGGAAUGGAAGUUACUCCCGGAUGACAAGAUCUUACUUGAGGCUAUGGAGGACGGGAAGGGCGGGAAGUCCAUGAGCGAAGGACUUGAUAAGGCUGAGGAGCUGGGAGACGAUCUCGCAGAGGAAGGGAAGCUGGGUCGGCGAACCCCGAGCGAUCUGGAAAUGAGGGCGAGGAGGUAGUCAGUGGCGGACGCAUAGAGCGUCCUGGCACAAUUGGAGACAGUGAAGUAUUUGGAAUUAGUGGUAGACCUCUCGACUUUGCUCCUUACAUUUUGAUCCAUCGCGAAGAAACCAUUUUAUCAACAACUUUUGUGCGCUGUCAUGCAGCUUCCAUGCUUCACAUUACUCCCC